CAUAAAUUAAAUUAUCGCAUAACAAUUUCCUUCAAGCUAAUAAUUUCUCUGUCGUUCCCUCAGUUUGAAGUAAUGGAGGGGCCAAAACAAACGUUCCACAAGGUAAAUACGAACCACGCCGUCAUCAACGUGCGCGACAGCAUUCCGCCCGUCGACAAUCCCGCGACACCAUUGAUUCUCUUGCUUCACGGAAACUCUUUUUGCCUGAAGAUCUGGAAGCACAUAUUUUCAAGCGAUCUUGCUCGAACUCAUCGCAUUGUUGCGAUUGACUACCCUGGUCAUGGGGAUAGCUCGGAUGCUUACGACGCGAGGCGGUCUUAUAACCAAGCCGCGUAUGCAGACGCAGCACUCCAAGUUCUCAAACAGUUAGCUGCCCCAAAAAACAUCAUAGUCGUCGGCUGGAGUCUAGGAGGACACGUCGCCAUUGAGAUAGUGCUACGAUGUAGCCGGGUCAAGGGUAUAGUGAUCACAGGCACCCCGCCUGUUGACGUAGAAGAAGAGGUUGAUAGAGCUUUCAAUCUCGGCCCUACUGGGUGGAGAGACGCCGCUCCUGCGCGAAAUAUUCUCACAGAAGCCGAAAUGGAUACUUUUGCCCAUCAUUGCGCAGACCCUCCCUACGAGGACUGGAUGCUAGACUGCGUCAAAAGAACAGAUGGCCGGGCGCGAGAAUACAUGUUUCAGGCAUUUGCGGAUGGCAACAGAGACGCAGAGGACCUCGAAUUCCAAGCAUUCUCCUCCACCCUACCUGGUGGCAAAUGGGGUCAAAAGAAAUGCGUCGAGACUAGCGAGGUCCCGGUCGCCGUCAUAAACGGUGACGACCCGUUCUUGAAGAUGGAUUGGUUCGACCAAAUCAAGUGGAAGAACCUAUGGGGAGGAAAGUGCAUCAAAAUGGAUGGCUGCCUGCAUGCUCCUUUCUGGGGCAAACCACAAGAAUAUCAGCGAUUUCUGGAAGCGUUCGUCCGCGACGUCUCCUAGAAGAAACCUAGGGUGAAUGGUAUAGACUGUCGGCUGAGAAAGACGGGAAUAUCAGACGUAAAGAGACACGAUCCAAAUUCAUACUACAAUCCAUCCUUGUUGGUCCAAUGAAGUUUAAAACAGAGCUAUUUAACACGUGCACAAGACUUAAUCGAGCAAACUAAAUGUUCGUGGUCAUAGCUUGAUUGUGG